AUGGCUCUUGCGGCUGUGCAUUUUUUACGGAAGAUCCCAAAUGCCAUGUCGCUGCGGGCUCCCCUGAGAAGAUGCCUCCAACUUUGCUGCCAGUGUUACCCAGUUCAUGCCUCUUUGAGUUAUGAAGCCAUAAAACAACACUACAGACCAGAGGUGCCAGAGUACUUCAACUUUGCAAGAGAUGUGCUGGACAGAUGGACUGAAGUGGAAAAGGCAGGAAAAAAGUCUAAAAACCCCGCAUUCUGGUGGGUAGAUGGUGCCGGAGAAGAGGUGAGGUGGAGCUUUGAGGAGCUGGGAGUGCUGUCCAGGAAAGCGGCAAACGUACUCUCUGAUGCCUGCGGUCUGCAACGGGGAGACAGAGUUAUUCUGAUUCUGCCCCGGCUCCCAGAGUGGUGGCUGGUGAAUGUGGCUUGCAUGAGAACAGGAACUGUGCUGAUUCCUGGCACACAGCAAUUGACAGCAAAGGACAUUCUUCACCGACUGCAGAAAUCCAAGGCAAAGUGUAUCAUCACUGAUGAUUCUGUGGCACCAGCUGUAGACUCAGUUGGGGCUGAAUGCCAGUCUUUGAAAUUCAAGUUGCUUAUGUCAGAGGGCCACAGAGGAGGAUGGCUGAACUUUAAAGAUCUCCUGAAAAAUGCUCCUUCUGAUCACCACUGUGUGACCACAAAGUGUCAAGAUCCAAUGGCCAUCUAUUUUACCAGUGGAACUACAGGAUCUCCCAAAAUGGCUGAACAUUCCCACAGCAGCUAUGGUAUUGGCCUCACAGUAAAUGGAAGGUACUGGCUGGACUUGACGUCCUCAGAUGUAUUUUGGAAUACAUCAGACACAGGCUGGGCAAAGUCAGCUUGGAGCAGCAUUUUUUCACCAUGGAUUCAAGGGGCAUGCGUAUUUGUGCAUAAGAUGCCACACUUUGACCCAAGCAUUGUCUUUGAGAGUCUGUCAAGAUUUCCCAUAACCGUCUUCUGUUCUCCUCCAACUGCCUAUCGAAUGCUUGUGCAACAUAAACUGCCCAGCUAUACAUUCAAAAGCCUGCGGCACUGUGUGAGUGCUGGGGAGCCAAUCAACCCUGAGGUGAUGGAAGAAUGGAAAACACAUACUGGGCUGGAUAUUCACGAAGGCUAUGGACAGACAGAAACGGUGCUGAUCUGUGGAAAUUUUAAGGGAAUGAAAAUCAAACCUGGCUCUAUGGGAAAGCCAUCUCCAGGGUAUGAUGUCAAGAUUAUAGAUGAAAACAGUAAUAUUCUGCCUCCUGGAAAAGAAGGAGAUAUUGCCAUCAGAGUAAAGCCUACAAGAUCGCUUUUUCUUUUUACUUGCUAUACUGACAAUCCAGAGAAAACAGAGGCAACAGUACGUGGGGAUUUUUAUGUCACAGGAGACAGGGGGAUUAUGGAUGAGGAUGGAUACUUCUGGUUUGUUGGAAGAGCUGAUGAUGUCAUUAAUUCUUCUGGAUACCGUAUUGGACCAUUUGAAGUAGAAAGUGCCCUAGUAGAGCAUCCUGCAGUGGUGGAAGCAGCAGCUGUCAGCAGUCCAGACCCCAUCAGAGGAGAGGUAGUGAAAGCCUUUGUUGUUUUAACACCUGACUAUGCUUCACAUGAUCCGGAAAAAAUGAAGAAAGAGCUACAAGACCACGUUAAGAAAGUUACUGCUCCAUACAAGUAUCCUAGGAAGAUGGAGUUUGUUCAACAGUUGCCAAAAACUGUUAGUGGGAAGAUCAGAAGAAAUGAACUGCGCCAGAAGGAGUGGAGAAAAGAUUAG